CUCUCUCUCUCUCUCUCCCUCUCUCCCUCUCUCCUGCUUUGAACUCUCGCUGGCCGAAGUCAAAUCGAAGUUCUGCUCGCAUUUCCUCAAACCCGAACCGAAACGAUCGAGCUUCCUCGAGCGGCGAUGGCGGAGAAGCCGGCGAUGGUGAUCGGGAUCGACGACAGCGAGCACAGCACGUACGCCCUGGAGUGGACUCUCGACCGCUUCUUCGCUCCCCUCGCUCCGAAUUACCCCUUCAAGCUCUUCGUCGUCCACGCCAAGCCUUCCGCUACCUCCGCCGUCGGUCUCGCCGGCCCCGGCACUGCUGAUGUUCUGCCGUUCGUGGAGGCGGAUCUCAAGAAGAUCGCGGCCAGAGUCCUGGAGAAGGCCAAGGAGAUCUGCUGUAGCAAGUUGGUGAAUGAUGUUGUACUGGAGGUGGGAGAAGGAGAUGCACGAAAUGUCCUCUGCGAGGCUGUGGAAAAGCACCACGCUUCCAUAUUGGUUGUGGGCAACCACGGAUACGGAGCUAUAAAAAGGGCUGUCCUGGGCAGCGUGAGUGAUUACUGUGCUCACCAUGCUCACUGCACCGUGAUGAUUGUGAAGAAACCCAAGAUUAAGCACUAGGACAAAACCAUGGGGCGUUGCUUGAAUAAGUGAAAACGUGCUGGGCCUGAUUUGUACCGGACAUGUUUCCGAAUCACACAAGUCUAUCACACUAUUAUUCAUACAAUAAGGUGCAGACCAUAUAAUUCUUGACCAAAUGUAUACUAGGAUUCGGACAGCAGGUCAAGUUGUGUAUGUUUGUAAUCCAUGUACAAGUGCAUCACUUUCAUGGGAAAAUCUUUUCGUGAUUUUACUUGUUA